CUCUCUCCAUCAUUGAUUUAUUCAAAAAUAGAUAAAAUAAUAAUAACUAAAAAGAAAAUUGCAGAAUUCAACGACCGACCGCUGCUGCUUCCUCCUCUUUUUCCUCAUUCCUCAUUUAUUAGAUCCAUCUUUUUGCUCUUUCCUGCGAUCUGGGUUUAUUUUUGAGGAAUUUGUGGAAAAAAAAUUAAAUACAUCUAAAUCAGAUGGCCGCUCCACCCGCCAGAGCUCGAGCCGAUUAUGAUUAUCUCAUCAAGCUUCUCUUGAUCGGUGAUAGCGGUGUGGGUAAGAGUUGCCUUCUUUUGCGUUUUUCUGAUGGUUCUUUCACCACCAGUUUCAUUACUACCAUCGGGAUUGAUUUCAAGAUAAGAACUAUUGAGCUUGACGGGAAAAGGAUCAAACUGCAAAUAUGGGAUACUGCUGGACAAGAGCGAUUUCGGACUAUCACAACUGCUUACUAUCGUGGAGCAAUGGGUAUAUUGCUGGUGUAUGAUGUUACUGAUGAGUCAUCUUUCAACAACAUUAGGAAUUGGAUCAGAAACAUUGAACAGCAUGCCUCUGACAAUGUCAACAAGAUAUUGGUGGGAAACAAGGCUGACAUGGAUGAAAGCAAAAGGGCUGUUCCUACCUCCAAGGGUCAAGCACUUGCUGAUGAAUACGGAAUCAAAUUUUUUGAGACCAGUGCUAAGACAAACAUGAAUGUGGAGGAGGUUUUCUUCUCAAUUGCCAGGGACAUAAAGCAAAGACUUGCUGAAACUGACUCAAAGACUGAGCCUCAGACCAUAAAAAUUUCCCAACCAGACCAGGCAGCUGGAUCUGCCCAAGCUGCUCAAAAAUCAGCCUGCUGUGGUUCUUGAGCAAAACCCUGUGAUUAAAGAUUGGCUGGCCAGAUAUGCCCCUAAAUUGACCAUUUUGACCGAGGAACUAGUCUUUGUUAUGACUAUAUCGGUGUUGCUUGUAUUGCUAUCCCUCAUUAUUUUUAGAAGAUGCUAGACAAUUGUGUUUUAUUGGCAGAUCUUCAUUAAAGGAAUUGAUUAGUAUAUAUAAGUCUUUGUUAUGAACUGUACUGAGUUGAACCUCAAGCCACUGAAUUGCAUUUUAGUUUGAAAAAAGUUUCUUCUAUUUGUUUC